GCUCGCUCAACUUGCGGCUCGACGGCUCGUGCAGCCCCUCAGCUCUCUCCAUUCUUUUCCCCAGUUCGCCGUCGUCCCGUGUACGCAUCGGGCUUCCGCCGCCGGCUGCCGCCACGUUCGCUGCCUCCCUCUGGUCCCUCAACCACCGCCGUCGUGUGCCAGCCGUUGCUUUACAUUGGUGGCAGAGUAGUGCGCACGGACCAGUGAUGGCAACGGGUUUCGUUUCAAGAACGAAGGAUGGCAAUGGGCGAGGGCGAACGACGAUCUGUGCGCGCCGCUGCUGCCCGAGCCUUCCCCUCGGCUGGCCGAGCUCUGCGUGCAGGUAAACGUGCUACGAGCCUCGCCGCCUCGGUCGCGUGGGAGCUGAACUCGCCGAAGUCACGAUUCAUUCUGGGAGGAAACGGAGCCAGCCGCCUCGUCCCCGCCGCGCACACCACCUGCUCGACGAAAUGCCCCCAGGACGCCUGGCGGCUGGCGCCAUAUCCAUUGUGGCGUCCGGUCGUGGCUGCCUCCUCCGGGAGCUCUGCAGGCGACCCACGCAGCGGCAUCAACGGCAAGGAGUCUACGCCACGCUUGUCCGGCGGUACAGUGCGCAUCACCUCUCGCUGGAUGGAGUAGAGGACGCAGCGGAGCAAGCCGUCGAACCGCGGCCUUCGCCGCCGCCGGUGUCUUUGGCAAAGAGCCUGGCCUUUCUCGCGGAGGAGUCAGCCGAGGCCGUCCAGAGGCAGAGGAAGCCGCUCACGCGGAUGGAGCGGAAGCGGUUAGCCGAGCUCCGCAUCAAGAAGAGGGUCAAAGCGCAGUACCUGAACGGCAAGUUCUACGACCUCAUGGGUAAGGUCGUGGCGAGUGCCGAGACACUGGAGGAUGCGUACGACAUUGUCCGGCUCAAUUCGAACGUUGAUCUAGCGUCUGCAAAGGACGAUGUCUGCUUUGUCACGCUGGCAGAGCAUCUGAGGAGUGGUGAGUUUGAUGUCAGAGCAAAUGCUUUCUCAGUGGUGGCGAAGAGAAGAGGAGAAGGGUGCCUUGUUCUUCCUAGGCUGAACUUGAAAGUGGUUCAGGAAGCGAUAAGGGUAGUCCUUGAGGUUGUCUACAGGCCUCAAUUCUCAAAGAUAUCACAUGGUUGCCGCAGUGGGCGAGGGUAUCACUCAGCCCUCAGGUUUGUAUCAGAUGAAAUCGGGGUUCCAGAUUGGUUCUUUACUGUCCCACUGCACAAAGAGGUUGAUAGCAAUGUAAACUCUAAGCUUAUUUAUCUGAUACAGGAGAAGAUCGAGGACAUCCAGUUAGUUGCAUUCAUGCAAAAAAUGUUUGAUGCCAAGGUUAUCAAUUUGGUAUUUGGUGGAUACCCAAAGGGCCAUGGGCUGCCCCAAGAAGGAGUACUUGCACCAAUCCUGAUGAACAUAUAUCUUGACAGUUUUGACCAUGAGGUGUUUAAGAUUUGCUUGAAACAUGAAGGCCUUGGUUCAGAGGCAACAAAUGUUUCAGAGGACCAUGGGUCAAAUUUGCGUCGCUGGUUUCGGAGUCAACUUAAGGAGAAAGAUGAAAAUAGUGAAGAUCAAACAGGUUGUCAGACAAAGAUAAAGCUAUAUGCUUGUAGGUAUAUGGAUGAGAUUUUUGUCGCAGUUUCUGGAUCCAGAGAUGUUGCAGAAGAUGUGAAAUCUGAAAUUGUCGCUUACUUAAGAAAAUCACUUUACUUGGAAGUUGAUGAUAGGUUGCGUCUUAUGCCAGUCAAAAGGAAUAUGCAGGGGUUACAGUUUUGUGGUGUUUUCGUCAGGGUGGAAACAAAGGAGAAUGCUAAACUGAAAGCUGUGCAUAAGCUUAAGGAGAAGAUUGGUUUGUUUGCUUCUCAGAAGCAAGAGAUUUGGGAUGCUAUGAAUCUUAGAUUAGGAAAGAAGUGGUUGGCAUAUGGUUUGAGAAGAAUAAAAGAGAGUGAGAUCAAGCCACUUGGCCUUAGCACCCCUUUGCUGGAUCAUAUUGCAAAAUUCAGGAAAGAGGGAAUGAAGACAGAUCACUGGUUCAAAACUUUACUGAAGGUAUGGAUGCAGGAUGUCAAUGCCAAAAAUGAGCUAAAUGAGGAUGUUCUCGUAUCUAAAUAUAUUGCUGAACCAGCACUUGCGCAAGACCUUAGGGAUGCGUUCUACAACUUUCAGAAGCAAGCUAAAGAUUACAUCUCAUCAGAAACUGCUGCUACGGAAGCAUUGUUGUCCAAUUUAAAGAGGGUGGAAUCAAUUAGUACGUGCACUGACGGUGGUAUCAUUAAAAUCCAUGCUUCUCUUAGCUAUAUUCAGAAGUGCCUUUAUCGAUAUGGUCUAAUUAAUCUCGAAGGUUUCCCUAGACAUGUUUCGGCCCUUGUCUUGCAAGAUGAUGAGUUAAUAGUAAGUUGGUUUGCAGGAAUAAUUCAUCGUUGGAUAAGAUGGUUUUCUGAGGUUGACAAUUUUAAAGAACUUCAGCUUAUGUUUGUUGAAAGUGUCAGAAAAUCCUGCAUCAGGACACUAUCUGCAAAGUAUCGGAUGUAUGAAAAAUUGACAGAAAAGCGGUUUGAACUUGAUGAUCAUGGCAUCCCAAUGGUCGAGGAUUUUGAGGCAACAAUUAAACCUCUAGAAUCUAGUUACUCUUUUGCUUCCACUGAUGAAGCUUUGAUGUAUGGCAUUUCUAGUAGUGGUUUAUUUGUGUUAACACUGUCAAGAGUUAGAGUCCCUACUCGACAAUUCAACUGCUUUGUCAUGGGCUGCCAAUCUGCAUCACCAAGUAUGUAUUUGCUUCACGUGAAGGAGAAACAACGUUUUCCUGGAUGGAGGACAGGUUUCUCGUCAUCGAUUCAUGGGAGUUUGGAUGGUAGACGAAUUGGAUUGUGCACCCAGCAUGUUAAAGAUCUAUAUUUGGGACACAUCUCUCUUCAAUCAGUUGAUUUUGGUUCCCUGGUUAGAUGACUCGAAGAUGAUACCUGUCAUUUUCCAAUAGAUGAAGGCUUUCUACUGACUCACAGAAUAGCAUGUUCAGUGCUUGUAAAUCCAUAUAUGGUUGUAGCUAAGGCUAACCAUAGUACUCAUUUUGUGAGAGAUAACUUAAGUGGUAUGUUUGUGGACUUCAAACUGAAAAUGAGCCUACAUUUUGAAAGCGGCUUCUUUUUGGCUAUUGCAUUGCAAGGCCUGGACUGUUUCACUGGUUGUAACUCGUAUACAGAGGCAGUUGUCGUGUGACAAGUUCCUAACUGAAUCAGGCAGCAAACUGUAUAAACAGAACUGAAGGAAAAAGCGGGUUGAUCUGAUCUGAUCUGAUCCAAUGAGAACUGUUCAUGGAGAGAAGUGCAGAAUGCACUCAGGUUCACAAGAGGUGGUUGCAAUCACAUGUUGCAUUUCCCAUGGUGAUAGACUUGGGUAAAGGUCCUGCAUUUGACUCAUCAUUAAUUACUGUAUUUUGGGAUGAGUCAUGGCUAUUGGCUACAUAAUUCUAAAAACUUAAAUGGAAGUGCUCCCGAUUCUUACCAGCUUGAUUUCUGCUCCUCUCUUGCUGCCAGUUACCAUCAGCAAUUCUGAAAACAGACAUGUGUGUCAGUUUGCCAAACAUCCUUUCUUACACUGAAAAGAGAAUGAAAGAGGGAAAAUGAACUUGACUCAAGUAUGCAAACACAAAAGAAGUGCUGAUAUCGACCUCUAUGUGCAAUAGUGACAAAGGGGCCAAGGGUGGCUGAGAGGAUGGCCAGCCCGAGCAAGAAGCUUAUACAGUUUAACGGCUGCAUAACUAACUGUCUACUGCUUUUAGGUAUGUCUGUCAUGUAACUAACGGAAAGGGAAGGAGAAAGAAGAACAAAGAAGGGUAGAUUUAUAGGGUUGCAGAGACAUGGGCCCUCCAUUGGUCAAAGACUCAAGGUGUUGGGCGUGACAAGUGGCUGCGAAAAGCAUGAGCAGGAUGCCAGCUUGAGCUUGGGGUCCUCUGCCUGAUUGUACUGCUGGGGAACAAGUCCCAGCCUCCCAGGCCGCUUUGCACCUGGUGUGAAGAUUCAUACAGACGGUACUGUGGCUGGAAUGUACUAUCUGAGACAGUCAACACGGUCUUCUGGGACUCAAGUGGUACCAGCUGUGCAGCCCAUGUCUCGGCAUCGUGGUUCGCCUGUUUCGAGCAUCUGAAGGCUGAAGCCAAAUGAUUCAGAGUACUGCAUAAUUCAUUUUGUCCAGACCGAGGCCGUCCGAAAUCCGUCCUUGGGAUGCUGGGGCAUUUGCUUGUCAUGCUGUAUUUGUGAUAGAAUCAUGGAACUGAUGGAAUUUGUUUCCUUCUAGGCACUGUGAUGUGAACAGCCUAACUUUGGGCCCUUUCACUGAGAUGCAUGACUGUAGUAGCUUUGAAGUUUCCAGUAAUAGAAGUUUUUGAACCA